GGUAGAAACGGACCAAAACCUAAAAUCCAAAAUGGCCGGAGCAGAAGGAGACGAUUCGCUGUAUCCUAUUGCAGUUUUAAUCGACGAAUUAAGGAACGAAGAUGUCCAGUUGCGCUUGAACAGCAUCAAAAAGCUAUCGACUAUUGCCUUAGCCCUGGGUGUUGAGCGGACACGCACAGAGCUUCUACCCUUCCUUACUGACACUAUUUAUGAUGAGGAUGAGGUACUUCUUGCCCUGGCUGAGCAGCUGGGGAACUUCACCAUGCUGGUCGGAGGGCCGGAGUACGUGCACUGCCUCCUGCCACCGCUGGAGAGCCUGGCCACUGUGGAGGAGACAGUGGUUCGAGAUAAAGCUGUGGAGUCACUGCGCAAGAUCUCUCAGGAGCACUCACCCGUAGACCUCGAGGUGCACUUUGAGCCCCUGGUGAAACGACUGGCCAGCGGGGACUGGUUCACGUCACGCACGUCUGCCUGUGGCCUGUUCAGCGUCUGCUACCCACGCGUCUCCAGCACUGUCAAGGCCGAGAUCCGCCAGUACUUCCGUACCCUUUGCUCGGAUGAUACGCCCAUGGUGAGGCGUGCUGCUGCUUCCAAACUGGGCGAAUUUGCCAAGGUGCUGGAGCUGGACUAUGUAAAGAGUGACAUCAUCCCGCUUUUUACAGCGCUGGCUUCUGAUGAGCAGGACUCUGUGCGGCUUCUAGCAGUCGAAGCUUGCGUCAGCAUCGCCACCCUGCUGCUCCAGGAGGACUUGGAGGGUCUUGUGAUGCCCACACUGCGCCAGGCUGCCGAGGAUAAGUCAUGGCGGGUGCGCUACAUGGUAGCGGACAAGUUCUCUGAGUUGCAACAAGCAGUGGGUCCAGAAAUCACCAAGAAUGAUCUAGUCCCAGCAUUUCAGAGUUUACUGAAAGAUUGUGAGGCAGAGGUGCGGGCCGCAGCUGCGAAUAAGGUGAAAGAGUUCUGUGAAAAUUUGCCAGAAGACAACCGUGAGAAUAUGAUCAUGAAUCAUGUCCUGCCUUGUGUCAAGGAGCUGGUGUCAGACACAAAUCAGCACGUGAAGUCUGCCUUGGCCUCCGUCAUCAUGGGCCUCUCCACUAUCCUGGGCAAGGACAACACCGUGGAGCAUCUGCUCCCCCUUUUCCUGGCCCAGCUGAAGGACGAGUGUCCCGAAGUGCGUCUGAAUAUCAUCUCCAACCUGGACUGUGUGAACGAGGUGAUAGGCAUUCGCCAGCUUUCUCAGUCCCUGCUGCCCGCCAUUGUGGAACUGGCAGAAGAUGCCAAAUGGAGGGUGCGUCUGGCCAUCAUUGAGUACAUGCCGCUGCUGGCAGGCCAGCUGGGAGUGGAGUUCUUUGAUGAGAAGCUGAAUUCUCUGUGCAUGGCGUGGCUGGUAGACCAUGUUUAUGCAAUUCGGGAGGCGGCCACUUGUAACCUGAUGAAGCUGGUGGAGAAGUUUGGAGCAGAAUGGGCUCAGAACACCAUUGUGCCCAAAGUGCUCGGCAUGGCUAACGACCCCAACUACCUGCACAGGAUGACCACGCUUUUCUGCAUCAAUGCCCUUUCUGAGGCAUGUGGGCAGGAGAUCACCACCAAGCACAUGCUACCCAUCGUCCUAAAGAUGUCCAACGACCAGGUUGCCAACGUGCGCUUCAACGUAGCCAAAUGCCUACAGAAAAUCGGACCAGUCGUAGACGGCAACUCCCUGCAGACAGAGGUGAAGCCAGUUUUAGAGAAGCUCGCCACAGACCAAGAUAUGGACGUGAAGUACUUUGCUCAGGAAGCUAUAAGUGGUAUGUGUCCUGUACUACUCUCCUAACGCAAGACUACUUCUAACUUUUUUCUUUCUUUCUUCCUUUUAUCCAUUUAACAUCUUUCUGCUUCUCUCCCCAGUGCUCGCCCUGGCCUGAGCAUCUCUCCUUGGGUUUACCAGAACAUCCACGACUUAUUGCAUUCUAUUUAUUGGUGAUUUUGAUUGGUUGUGUAUUAAUGUCUGUGUAGCUUCUAUUUACUCUGUGAUAUUGAACGAUCAAAGGGUGCACCAAUGCUCGUGCUGUAAAUCUCCGCUUCAACCAUAGUGACACUGGAGUUAGGUAAUGCAUGAUGGAUAGCGUGUUCUCCUGGAUUACAACUGCACCACAUGUUCGCGUUCUCCUCGCACUCACUCACUCACUCGCUCACUCAUAAAACGCCAGGGAGCUGAGAUGGGUGUGGCGACAGCAGCAGGGGAAAAAACUCUCAAAUGUGCAGAGCAGAAGGACUUAAGGACCAGGAUUAGAUAACAUUUUAUCAAAGCAUUUAGCACAGGAACACAGUUCAUGCGUUUUCAAUAAUUGGGUUUUUGGAAAAUGCCUUAACCACUUAUCGACCAUCUUGGUCAUUUUGUGCCACUAGACUCGUCUUGUAUGCGCUUUAGUAAAUGAAUUCUCUGUAAGCGAAAUCCUCCCAUCUACCUCCAUCUUCUUUAAGAGCUGUUUCUUAGCUCAAAUCCAGAACACGUCCACAUUGAAGCCCUGCUUUCACAGCCUGGAGCUCAUGCAUGUGAAUUGCCAGUUUGUUUUGGUAGAGCUCCACUACUCAACAUGGGACCAUUGCAUUUGUGUAAUUUCUCCUGUGACAGACUUCCUCCUUGCAUGAGUUUUGCUGGUUUAAUUUGCAUUUUUGUUUUGUGCUCUGUUUUCCAGCCAUCAGGGUCUUAUGUGCCAACAAUGCCUAGGAAAGCACAUAGAUUUAUUAUUAUUAUUAUUUUUUAAAGAGUUUGUAUGUUUAGGUUUAAUCAAGAAUGUUUUAUUUUUUUUUCAGUGGAAACGUGUGGUGGUUAGGUUUCCGUGUAAAGAGAAAUGCACCUCUUGUAUAGUAAGUGUGCAGAUAGGAAAACUUCUGCUCUCCCCUGGGCCUGCAUGCAUCAAGCUGAUUGAGUACUGAUGAUUACCAGAAUGUAAAAGGACAACACUGUCCAACAUCAGCACGUUUACUUAAAAGACUAACAAAAAACCAACAAAACGGGUCGUGAAAAUACUUUAUACACAACCUCUGGAAGGCUGUUAAGUUCUUUUAAAGGGGACAGUGGGAUUGGAUGUAUUAUUUUACCAGUAUAAACGGCCCUAGCAUCAGAUCUUGAGUAAACCUUUUUGUUCAUGUUCAGUAUCACAAGUACCCCUUUUUAAACUAUUUCCUGUAAUUUUGGAACCAAAUAAAGUCAAUAAACAUGGAUCCUGCCAUUCAAA